AGCGGGGACCAUGGCAUUUCUGGCCAUGGCUGCCCCUUCUGCCUUUCCUCCCUUCAUAUACAGAGGUGUCCUGUUUGUCCUGCUGGUGCCUUCCCUGGCCAAUCCAGCAGCAUAGCUCUGGCACACCACCAUUGCUUCUCUGGCUUGGGAACCAGAAACUGUCCAGCCUCCCUUAAGGCUAAGCAGUUCCAGGGAAGGGACUGAAGAAAAUGAAAAAGCCCAGCCCUCUCAGCUGUCAGAUGCGGUGAUCUCCAUGGUAACUCAAACCCCCAGACUCUUGACAGCAGCCUGCGAGGAGCAGCAUUCAGCAGCUCAAGGGUCUCACGACCAGAGCGUGGAUCACACUUCUCGUAAACCUCAUCAUAUUGAGGUUGGGCUAAGAUGAGCAUAACCAGUGACGAAGUGAAUUUCUUGGUGUAUCGCUAUCUCCAGGAAUCGGGUUUCUCCCACUCGGCCUUCACCUUCGGUAUUGAGAGCCACAUCAGCCAGUCCAACAUCAACGGAACACUAGUGCCACCUGCCGCACUCAUCUCCAUCCUCCAGAAGGGACUCCAAUAUGUGGAGGCCGAGAUCAGCAUCAAUGAAGAUGGUACAGUAUUUGACGGCAGGCCAAUAGAAUCACUGUCUCUGAUAGACGCGGUGAUGCCUGAUGUUGUACAGACCCGGCAGCAAGCAUUCAGAGAGAAACUAGCUCAGCAACAAGCCAGUGCAGCGGCAGCAGCAGCAGCAACAGCAGCAACGGCAGGAGCAACGACGACUGCUGUUUCCCAGCAGAACACACCAAAGAACGGAGAAGCCACUGUGAAUGGAGAGGAGAAUGGGGCACAUGCAAUAAAUAAUCAUUCAAAGCCAAUGGAAAUUGACGGGGAUGUUGAAAUUCCUCCUAACAAAGCAACAGUCCUUCGGGGCCAUGAAUCAGAGGUGUUCAUCUGUGCCUGGAACCCUGUCAGUGACCUGCUAGCAUCUGGAUCCGGAGACUCAACAGCCAGAAUAUGGAAUCUCAAUGAAAAUAGCAACAGCAGUUCUACUCAACUGGUUUUGAGGCACUGCAUAAGAGAAGGAGGACAUGAUGUCCCCAGCAAUAAGGAUGUGACUUCGUUGGACUGGAAUAGUGAUGGAACACUAUUGGCUACAGGCUCAUAUGAUGGUUUUGCAAGAAUAUGGACAGAAGAUGGUAACCUUGCAAGCACCUUAGGUCAACAUAAAGGUCCAAUAUUUGCCCUGAAAUGGAACAAAAAGGGGAAUUAUAUUUUAAGUGCUGGUGUUGAUAAAACGACAAUAAUUUGGGAUGCUCACACAGGAGAAGCUAAACAGCAGUUUCCUUUCCAUUCAGCUCCUGCUCUGGAUGUAGACUGGCAGAACAACACUACUUUUGCCUCCUGCAGCACUGACAUGUGCAUUCAUGUAUGCAGACUUGGCUGUGACCGUCCUGUUAAAACCUUUCAAGGACACACAAACGAGGUUAAUGCAAUCAAAUGGGACCCAUCUGGCAUGCUACUAGCGUCUUGCUCCGAUGAUAUGACAUUAAAGAUUUGGAGUAUGAAGCAAGAUACCUGUGUACAUGAUCUUCAAGCUCACAGCAAAGAGAUUUAUACUAUCAAAUGGAGUCCUACAGGACCAGGCACCAGCAACCCAAAUGCCAACAUCAUGUUAGCAAGUGCUUCGUUUGACUCCACUGUUCGGCUGUGGGACGUUGACCGAGGAGUCUGCAUCCAUACGUUAACAAAACAUCAAGAGCCUGUCUACAGUGUAGCUUUUAGUCCUGAUGGAAAAUAUCUAGCCAGUGGGUCCUUUGACAAAUGUGUCCAUAUAUGGAAUACUCAGAGUGGAACUCUAGUACAUAGCUACCGAGGCACUGGGGGCAUCUUUGAAGUCUGCUGGAAUGCUAGAGGAGACAAAGUGGGAGCAAGCGCAUCAGACGGAUCGGUUUGUGUUCUAGAUCUGCGGAAGUAAAAGUGAAAUGUUUUAGAAGAAAUUUCAAAUGGACCAGCAGUGAAUGUGUGGGGAGAAGCACUCUUCAAAACUAUUCUUAACAGCUCCAGAACUGUACGAACUUGAACAAAGUUAGAGUGUACCGUGAAACCAACUCUCCCUGGCCACAGGUGUCUAGUAUUUUAUCCGUAACCUUCAUCGAGGAGCAAAAACGCAGUCACUUCAGAGGGGGAGGGAAUGGUUUCCACCUGGAACAUUCAGCCUUGGAAGCAUGAAGCCACCAGCUAGGCAUUGCACUGUUUGGUUUGCAUCUGAGAACUUGCUCUGAUGGAUAGGAAAAAAAAAAAAAGCUGUGCCAAAAAAAAAAAAAUUAAUAAAAAAAAAAGAGAAAUGCUGUGAUAAACCAAAAGGGAAAAAAAAUCCUCCUCCAUGCGGUGUUGUAUUUUUUCCUUCCAAUUUGGACACUACAGUUGCUCUCCCAAAGGACGUUCAAAGACCAGUUUGUACUGAUGAAAUGCUCAACUUUGUAAUCACAACACUUUCUAUUUUCUAGACUACUUUUUUUGUUCAGUGGUUUUUCUAUCAGCUGGAAUAUUACAGCCUGGAGGAUCCCAGGCUUAGGAUGAAACUUUUGUUUUCCUUUUAUUUCUCCCUUCCACUCCCAACUUCUCCUACCUUUUUUUUUCUCCUCUUAUUUCUUGUCCUUUUUUUGGUUUUUUCUUUUUUCCUUGUAUGCCCAUAGUAGAUACAGCCAGGUGGACAUGACAAUGAAAAUUUUUGACAGACUGCUUCUCCUCUCUUCCCUCUCUUCCUUUUCCUUUCUUUCUCUCCAUUUAAAAGAAAAAAAAAAAAUCCUCCAUGCUUCAGAUCUUAGCGUCUCAAGGGCACUUUGAGCAAAUUGUGUAAUAAGUGCUUUAUAUAAGAAUGCAGUGCUGGGGAAGAUUUUUACAGGAGAAAGAUGACUUUUAACAGAAAGAACCCAGUGUAUUUUUGGAAAAAAAUAUUUUUUAUGUUAAACAGUUUUAAAAGCCUCAAAUGGCCACCAAAUGUAGACCAGUUGAGUAAUUCAAGCAAAAAGAAUAACACAGAGUCCAAGGAACGUGAAAGGUGCAGUAUCCUUUUUCUCUUUCUUCUCUCUCAGAAAGUGCUGUAAGAAAAAAAUGCCAUUUGAUACAAUAAAUGCCAGUCAUUUCCUAAGAGUCCUCUUCCAGCAGCCAGGCAUUUAUAUAGUCUCAUUUCUAUUUUUGUGGCUGUUUGAUGAUGUACACAUAUUAAAAGGGAUUCAUAAGUCUGAGACUAUAAAUAUAGCAUUCAUUUUCUUGAGUCCGUAUUUUCAUUUAUCCUUGGUAACCAGGGGAAAACGCUUGUGUAUCUCCUUUCCUUUAGCAGUAGUUUGAGUUUCAUACAGAACAGGGGUUUGACUGCCCCUGGCCUUGCUGAGCAGUGCUGUCCUCCACCAUUGACUGCAUCUCUCAUUCUUGAAGAAUGGACUCUUACCAAGCUUCUGUCCAUCCGUGGUCGGCACACAUCUAGAAGCAGCUUCUUCCAUUGCACUGGGCAAUAUGUGGUGCUGCUGUUGUCCUCACUGCGCAUGCUACAAGAAAAGCUUUGGAUCUGCACUCGUCCAGAGACGUUUAGCCUUGCGAGUGUCCUUGGUGCGGUGCUCAGAAGACAAUGCAGAACUCUUGAUUAGUUGAGGACAUGAUAAAGGAUACAUAAAUUAUAUCUCAACAUAUAUACCCCUAUAAAAUUAGGGUGGGUGAAAUGAUCAGAAUGAUGAUAAAGACUACAAAGCACCACCUAUCCACUUGAGACAAGAUUUCCUUACUGCAAGCCAGAUGUCUGCAGGGAUGCCUGCUGAAGACUACGUUACUCUAAGAGCAAAUGGCGCAUACAAAGAAGGAUGCAUAGGCAGAGUUUACUGGAAGUGCUAUAAGGCAGCCUCGGAGUGGUAGCAGCCAUUAUUUAGGCAAAUCCUCAAACAGGUGUCCUCUCUAGCCCAGAGGCUAGGCUAGGAUUUGUAGAAGAGAGAAAAACAAACAAGCAGAGAACCCCCAUAACGUCCUGUAGUACUUUCCCACCCAGAAUCGCUAUCUCUGUAACAGGAUCUUCCCUUUGAUUUGACCAUGGCUGCUGAAGUGAUGAUUUGAUCUGAGUAAAACCAAAACCAGAGCCCAAGUGCAAGACCCAGCAAGCAUCAUGGCAUCAACAUGACGUUGUGGAAUCUGUACUUCAUUUUUUCUCCAGUCUUUUCCUGUCUUCACACUUGCAUCUGUACAGUAUCUUAGUCAUUCUUGUGGAACAAACCACUGCCAACUUCAGCUGCAUUUCUUAAGGAUACAUGCUUGGGAAAGAAAAGAAUGAAAAGGAUUAACGGCUAAAAGGGAGGCUUAGUCCUGAAGUAAAAAAAAUGUUGGCCAUUAAUGAUAGUUAGGCUUGUUUGUAUUUUAUAUCAAGGAAUUGGACACUGGCAGGUAUCAAGGAUUAUUUUUGAUGUUAAAUGCAUCCAUAUGUUGGUUUUAGUUUUCUGCUCCAAGAGCAAGGGCUGUUUUGCAUGGUUUUAUAAUAACCACGUGUACCUAUUAAUUUAAAGUCACUACUUGAAAAAAAAAAAAAAGAGUACUUGUUCACAGAUAGACUUGAAUUUGAAUACAAAGCUUUAAUGUGGUUUUAUAAAGCACGGUUGUGUCGAUGAUUUGAUUACAAUCAUCACAUGUACACGGUUAAGUUCUUAAGCUGCUUUUGGGUGGUAUUUCUGAGAGUAACACACAGAAGCUCCUGGUCUGGAGGCAGUGGAGGGCAGUGCAAAUGGGACCCUGGCCUUGCCUUUGUCCAUCAAGUAAUGCCUGAAUAAGCCAGACCUUGCGAUUCAGAGAGAUGCGGUUGCUCAAUGUGAGUUCAGAGAUGCCGCGUGUCUGGCUGGCUACACAGCCCGUGUUUUGUGGUUGUUCCCAGGAUGGCUACUGUAGGCACCUUGGCAGUGUCUAUGAUGCUUGUUUCUUUUUCCUUUCUUUUAAAUUGUCGGGAUAUCACCUUUCAUCUGCCUGCCUACCUGGAGGUAGGCAGCCAAGAGCAACAAAAAUUGAAGAUCAGUUGAUUUGCAAAGCCUGUAUGUGAGAGAGGCUUCUCUACAGAGAGUCUCCUAAAGACACUGUCAGAUUUGAAAGCAGCAUAUGUGAAACACUUAAGAAAAUUCACCUUUCUUUCCCUCCCCAAGAUCCCAAAGCCUAGAAAAAUCCUCAAAGAUAUGGUAGUGGAGAGUUUUCAGGAAAAGGCAGAAUAAUGUUUUCAGCUAUUAAGGAAGGCAGAAGAUGGAGUUGCAAGGGUUGAUCCUAGCCUAGUGGGCUGCUUUUUUUAGGAGAUGGGCAAUGAGGAGAGCGGCUUCUCCAGAGCAUAGCUCGAUGUGGACAUCUAAGUCUACACUUGCAGAACUACCCUUGUGGAAGCUCUCACUUUCCUCCACUGCUACGGCAGCAUCCCCUGGCUAGUGGUGCCUUUCUGCACCCCACUGGAACAGAACCGCAUGAAGCACUCGGCCAAUGGACAUCAUCGUUUUUUUCAUACAAUAUUUUUGGAUAAUUUUGUUUAUAGUUCUUUGUAACAAAAGAGAAAUUGAAAAACCUAAGUGACCAAAUAGGACUGUGAAACCAUCGCGAGGCUUGCUGGAAUUUUUUCAUUGCUGGCUGUCUGGAACUGGCCUUGAAGUGAAAAAAGACAGUUUCUGAUAAACCACUCAACUGUGUGUGUUAGAAGGAUACUGAAUCUUUUAUGUAGAAAACACUGGGUCCCUUGUGGGGCACCAAAGGGCCUGACUUACAGGGUUAUAUAUACAUUAACCCCAUGCUACAUCUUAGAAAUUUCUUUUUAAUUUGUUUUAAAAAAAAAAAAAAAAAGAAAAAAUAGCUAAUUUUAGAGCCAAGUGAAGUGCACUUUGUCAAAUGUAAGGGUCUGCUUUGUUUUGGGGUUUCUUUUUUCUUUCCCCCUUUUUAAUUUUUCCUCCUUUUUUUUUCCUCUUUUUGCCUUUUUAAAAGAUGUGGUUCUUUGUCAAUUUGCAGAAAUGUUCUUUCAGCCACUCACUGAAAUUCUGAAUUCUGGCUUCUGCAGUUUUUAUUGUCUGUGUCAGACUUGCAGCCAGACUUGGUUCUCAUUUCCACAUUUCCCAGGUUCUGUUGAAACAACAUCAACCCUUAUUUUGUUUUUCCCCCACCCACACUUCCUUCAAAUUCACCUUGUGUAUUGUAGCUCAUUUGUUUUAAGGAGAGAAUCAACAGAUCAUAUUCAGUGUCUUGAAUAAAUUGCUAUAUUUUGAUAUUAGAGAA